AUGCGCUUCCAAGCAUUACCCCUCGCUUUAUCGUUACUCGGUUCCGCGAGCGCUCAAGUCGCAGAGCAACCAACAACCACGAUCCAAGUCCCACAAUGUACAGCGACUUCACAUACCGGCAUGGGAGGCUUCUUCGAUCUUCGGCCAGAUAUGGCUGUCGUGCCCGAUGAGAACACAAAGAAGUACGCCGUGACGAAAGACUACUUCUCGAAGGGCUACGAUUACGGCAAGAACUUCACAUUAAACAUAUGCGGUCCUGUCGUGGAGUCAGUCACAAACGUCGUUGGUGUCGAGCCGCCUUUGUGGCAGAACGUGAGCGCUUAUUACAUGGUGGGAGGCGAGGUCUUCUCGAUAGGUUUCGAGUCAAUGGACUUACAGAGCCGUGGUCGCAAGUUAGUACUUCAAUACACGGGGGGUUCUCCCUGCGGCGCCGACGUCAACAAGACGGAGCCUAUCUACGAACGAUCUGCCCAGCGCGAUUCGUACCUCGAGGAUGAGAACGACUCGACGGCUUACACACCCGUUCCCGAACCCGAGGAGCCCGCUGAGGAGGAACCCAAGCCAAAAGACAAGCGAAGACGCAAGUCAACGACCAUUUCGUUCCACUGCGACAGAGACCCUACUACAACCUCUGCCAGCGUCUCCUUUGUUGGCACAGACCCAGACGAAUGCGCCUAUUUCUUUGAGGUCCGCUCCUCGCACGCAUGCGCCCACGCAGAGCCGCACAAGCCCGGUAGCGUCGGUCCCGGCAGCAUCUUCGGACUCAUCGUCGUGAUCGCGGUGCUUGUGUACUUCCUCGGCGGCAUCUUCUACAACCGAACGGUGACCCAUGCGCGCGGCUGGCGACAACUCCCCAACUACAGCUUAUGGGCGGGAAUCUGGAGCUUCAUCUGCGUGCGUCGUCCCCUCCCCGGCUCCAAGCCCGAGCGAUACUCUCCCUGA